UUCGUUCCAUCUAAAAAAUUGAUUUUGAUUUCGCGAGCAGAAGAAAAAUCAGCAGUUGAACGCAUCCAGAACCAAUAGUUGAACUAAAAUAUCUUGAAAGAAUCAAAUUAUGCCUUGUGCGGUCACGGCGGCAUCAAACUCUCCCAUGUUUACUCAGUCCCCGAAAAAAUUAUCGCCGAGUUUCUGCAGGCCUGCCACCUCGCCUCCGCCACGUUCUCUUUCGCCGUUGCCUUUGGCCAUCAGAAAACCUUUCGACAAUAAAGGCGAAGAUGGAGGAGAAGAUGGGUCAUCGAAGGUGAUGGUUUUGAAGCGGAAACGGCCGGCGAGGAUUGAUAUUCCGGUAUUGAAUAUGGGUUUUGAUAAUAUUAAUACGAAUGAGGAUAAGGAUGUUGAUAGGUUGAGCGAGAUGGAGGUGGAAGGAGAGGGAUAUUCGGUGUACUGUAAGAGAGGGAAAAGAGGUGGAGCUAUGGAGGAUCGAUAUUCUGCUGUUCUUGAUCUUCAAGGGGAUUCUAAACAGGCUUUCUUCGGUGUAUUCGAUGGACAUGGAGGAGCAGGAGCUGCAGAAUAUGUGGCUAAGAAUUUAGACAGGAAUAUUAUGAACAAAGUGGCAUCGAGAACCCAAGAAGGAGGGAUUGAAGAGGCAGUGAAAGAAGGAUACCUCGCGACAGAUGUAGAGUUUUUGAAGGAAAGUAUCGGAGGUGGGACAUGCUGCGUGACUGCCUUGGUACACGAAGGGAGUCUUUUCGUCUCCAACGCUGGAGAUUGUCGAGCCGUUAUCAGCCAACAAGGAGUUGCAAAAGCCCUCACCGUUGAUCACAGACCUUCACAAAAGGAUGAAAGAAAUAGGAUAGAAAAUCUGGGUGGUUAUGUCGAUUGUUGCCGUGGUGUUUGGAGAGUACAUGGAUCUCUUGCCGUUUCGCGAGCAAUUGGAGAUAGCCAUCUCAAAGAAUGGGUAACAGCCGAGCCAACAACCGAAGUACUCAGAAUUACAGAUGAAUGCGAGUUUUUGAUCCUCGCCUCAGACGGACUUUGGGAUAAGGUUAGCAAUCAGGAAGCAAUAGAUAUAGCUCAUCCUUUAUGUGUCGGCAUUGACAAGCCAGAACCAUUUUCUGCUUGCAAAAAGCUGGUGGAUCUGUCACAAUCGAGAGGAUCUUUAGACGAUAUUAGCGUUGCUGUGAUCCUUCUAAGUCGCUUCAUUCAGUGACUCGUAUGUUAGGAAUAACUUGAUAUAGAAGUAUAUGGCACCUGCAAGUGUAAAUUUUCGAAAGUUGCAGAGCCUUAGAGGAGAAAUCAGGAUGCAGAGAGUGACAUUGAUUAACUUAUACUUAGGAGAAUAAUUCUUGUAUGCAUUCUGCUGGCCAUUACAUGUGCCAGAAGCAUAGGAAUAUCACCAGUAUAUAACAAGAAAAGUUUGACGAAAGAUUUUGAAAUUCUGUGAAUGUUAUGCCUCGUUCAACUUUAUGGCUGCUAAUUUGUUGGUUAAUUUUGUGUAUUAAUUGACGAGGUCUCUAUUGACCGAAAGCAAAAGAGAAGGGAUUACCAUAUCCAAGAACUUGUAUCA